AUGUCAUACUUAACUCAAAAACAAGCACAAGAUAUUGAUCAAGAAUUAUUUAAUGAGUAUAAGUUCAGUGUCGAUCAAUUAAUGGAAUUAGCUGGACUAAGUUGUGCCAGUGCAAUUAGUAGCAUUUAUAAUGAUAAAAAUAAAUUUUUAAAAUGUUUAGUUGUGGCUGGAGGUGGAAAUAAUGGGGGCGAUGGUCUAGUUUGUGCUCGCCAUUUGAAAAUGUUUGGUUAUGAACCAACAGUCUUUUAUCCAAAACGUACCGAUAAAGAAUUAUACAAUAAUCUUGUUAAACAAUGUGAAAAAAUGGAUAUUGACAUUUUGGAUAAACUAGAAAAUAAUAAUAAAUAUUCCGAUUAUCAUCUUAUUGUUGAUGCUAUAUUUGGUUUCGGUUUUAAUGGUGAAAUUCGUCAACCGUACGCCGAUAUUCUUAAAGAAAUGAAAAAGGUAGAAAAACAAAUACCAAUUAUAUCGAUUGAUGUACCAUCAGGUUGGAAUGUGGAAAGUGGACCAGAUAAUGAUUCAUCAUUAGAACCAGAAUGUGUGAUUUCAUUAACGGCUCCAAAAACAUGUAUGAAACAUUUCAAAGGCAAAUAUCAUUUUAUUGGCGGACGAUUUGUACCGGAUUCAUUACAAAAAAAAUAUAAUUUAGUAUUGCCAAAAUAUUCAGGAUGUGAACAAUUUGUAAAAGUUUAA